AUGAGCACCCGACAGCACGACUCGAGAGAGCACGCCUCAAACUUUUUCAAAAAAUGCACAACAGUUUCGUCAAACGGACGAAUACCCUUGGGAUCGAAAUCUAUCAAUUUAUCCCAGCUGAUGGACGACAAACAACACUAUAGCGCUAAAACCCAUAGACAGCAGAAGGUGGGCUCGAAUGCCUUUUUUUCAAGCUUAACCGUUGAGCCCAAGAAUAGGCGCCAGGAAGCAGAACUAGUAACAGUUGCUGACUUCCUUGCUUCCGACCGUAUCUUUAGAUAUGCCAGAUAUGAAGGUCACCGCCGAGCUCGCAAGCAGCUGCGUCCAGAGCUUCUGAAAUGCCAGGGGUUGGUCAAUCGUGUUUUAAGAAAUGUGCAUGCGCUAGAUACAACAUUAAAACUUCAAAGAAACGGGGCAAUUCCAGUAAGUUAUGACAAACUGAUACAAGUGCGGUGUGUCAAAAGACUGUCCAGUACAGAGACUCUGGCCGUAAGUGAGUCUGGAAACGUCAGACUGGUCGUCCUUCAUGGAUCCACCAAGCUAGCCAAUCAUGAGUCACGAGGGUGUGUGCCCAUAUUAAUCAACACCAAGUCGAGCGUCUCUUUGUAUCCUGGACUAAUGUGGUGUCUUGAAUGGCGACUUGGCGCAUAA